GUGUUGACUGCUACUCCAAAAUGGACGAGGUUGUCAAAGAUUCAAGAUAUUUAUCCGUAGUUGAAAGAUACUACACUCCAAAAUACUAUAAAAACACUAAGUCAGAAAAGGAAGAUGUGUGUAUCCUUGUACAUUCUAACAAGAUCUGUGUGGUGACUCUGGCGGAGUGGCACCCUGUUGUGGCGGAGAAGAAGGAAGUGGUCAGUGUAGACUACCAGUUUGACCAUGUCAACAGGCUCUGCAACAGGGUGACUGGAAAAGGAAAGAAGGGAGCUCAAAAUCUUCAUGCAGAUUCAGCACUGUGUCGAGUGAAAUGCUCCGAUGGAUCGCAAUACCAGGUGCCAUGCGGACUCAAAUGUCAACUUCUGGAAACAAAUGGUACACUAAAGAACACACCGUCUGUUUUGACUGAAAAGCCGAAUACAGAUGGUUACUUGGCUGUUGUUUUACCCAAACUUAAGGAUUUUAAAGAAGAAAUGUGUAAAUUACUUGCGAAGGACAGCAUAGAACCUGCAGUAAUGAAUACAUGAAUGUCAUGGUAGUAGUGCAUUUAAAGGUGGUGACUGCUAGAGAUGACAAUUGAUUCAAGCAAGGACCAAGGAGCAGUUUUGUGUCAAACAUUAUCACUGUGGUGAUAGAAAAGUCAUAUAAAAUUAGCAUUUGGAAAAAAUAUCCAUUUCUCUCAUGAAUGAAUUUUAGACCAAUCCAACCCUUUGUAAAUUUUCAUGAUUUUACUGGUAUUCAGUAUACUUCUAUUUGUCUGUAAGUCUUUAGUUUCACUUUUGUUCUCACCUAAUUUUAACCCCUUGUAUUAAACAAUCACCUGUAUUCAGUUGUUUCUGCCCAUUUUUAGCUCGACUAUUCGAAGAAUAAGGAGAGCUAUACUACUCACCCAAGCGUCAGCGUCGGCGUCACCCCUUGGUUAUGGUUUUGCGUGCAAGCACACAUAGGUAAAUAUCUCAGCAACUACUUGAGGUAUUGCAUUGAGACUUUAUACAAUGGUACUUAACCAUCCAACUUACUUAAUUAACCAAGUUAGAUAACUCUAGUUUGCAUUUAAUGCCAAUAAUAGGCCUUUAUUAUUUGACUUAGAAAUUUUGGUUAAGGUUUUGUGUGCAAGCACACAUUGGUUAAUAUCUCAGCAACUACUUGAGGUAUUGCAUUGAGUCUCGAUACAAUGGUACUCAACCAUCCAACCUACUUAAUUAACCAAGUUAGAUAACUCUAGUUUGCAUUUAAUGCAAAUAAUUGCCCUUUAUUAUUAGACUUAGAAAUUCUGGUUAAGGUUUUGCGUGUAAGCACACAUAGGUUAAUAUCUCAGCAACUACUUGAGGUAUUGCAUUGAGACUUUAUACAAUGGUACUCAACCAUCCAACCUACUAAAUCAAUCAAGUUAGAUAACUCUAGUUUACAUUUAAUGCAAAAUAAUUGCGCUUUAUUAUUAGACUUUAAAAUUCUGGUUAAGGUUUUGCAUGUAACCACUUUUAAGUCAAUACCUCAGCAAAUACAUCAUGUAUUGCAUUGAAACUUUACACACAGGGUCCCAACCAUUUAACCUUCUUAUUUAAUCAAGUAAGAUAACUCUAUCUUUCAUAUUAUAUAAUUUUUGCCCCUUUAUUAUGCGACUUAGAAAUUCUGGUUAAGGUCUUGCAUGUUAGCACGCAUAGGAUAAUAUCUUAGCAACUACUUGAUGUAUUGCAUUGAGACUUUAUACAAUGGUAUUCAACCACCCAACCUUCUUGAAUAACCAAGUUAGUUAACUGUAUUUUGCAAAUAAUGGCCCUUUAUUAUUACACUUAAAAAUCUGGUUAAAAUUUUGCAUGUAACCACAUUUAUGUUAAUAUCUCAGCACAUCAUGUAUUGCAUUGAAAUCUAAUCUAUCAGUGAUCCAUGCAUGUUUCGCCAAAACGUUUCAAUCCUUACACUGAAAUGUGGCAGAAUAGUCAAGCGCGCUGUCUCUGUGACAGCUCUUGUUAUGUAGCGUAACUCCAUGUAAAAAGAUAUGUGUACAGUUACCCUCUUUUAAAAAGGUUUAUGCAACUUAUAUUCUGUUUGAAAUGUGAUAAACAUAUUCUUGUUGGAUCGUUUUACAGUAAAGGAUGAUUUGUCAUUGUUUUUUGGUUAAAUUGUUCUUAGGUCCAUUCAGCGUUAUUACGAACAAUUCUCAAUUCAAAUACAAUGCUAUAUGAGUUUCUUUACUACUAGACUGAGUAUUGAAUGUUGUUUUAAUGAUAAAUCUUUCACACUAUACAGUAUAAUAUUUAGAAGUAAGCAUCAUUAAAUAUUUGCAUCUUAUCUGCAUUAAAUUAUUUAGCCUGCUAACAUCUUAUUUGACAAUUACUAGUUUUAUGAGAUAUUUUAUAGAUAGUAAACCAAUCAUUUAAUAUUUUUGCGUUUUCAGAUAUUAAAUACACGGCUACAAUCUUGUUAUCAGUUAUUAAUAUUUUCUAGAAAUGCAUUAUUUAGUAAGUUCACAAUUGUUCAGGACCAUCAUCCAAUGAGGUUACAUAACUCCAUAUUAUCCUAAAUACAAGUUAUGGCCCCUGAUUGACUUAGGUUAAAGUUUUAGGGCAGGUUAAAGUUUUAGGGCAAGUUGGAAUUUUCACUUAAAACUCCAAUACCAUUCAUUCAAUUGACUAUUACUUCACACAGAUGUUCAGAGCCAUCACAUAAUGAGGUUAGAUAACUCCAUAUUAUUUGUUUUACAAAUUAUGGCCCCUGAUUGUCUAUGGAACUUAGGUUAAAGUUUUGGGGCAGGUUGGGAUAUUGUUUAAUAACUUCUAUACCCUGCAUUCAAUUGACUUAAUACUUCACACAAUUGUUCAGGACCAUCAUCCAAUGAGGUUACAUAACUCCAUAUUAUCCUAAAUACAAGUUAUGGCCCCUGAUUGACUUAGGUUAAAGUUUUAGGGCAGGUUAAAGUUUUAGGGCAAGUUGGAAUUUUCACUUAAAACUCCAAUACCAUUCAUUCAAUUGACUUAAUACUUCACACAGAUGUUCAAAGCCAUCACAUAAUGAGGUUAGAUAACUCCAUAUUAUCUUUUAUACAAAUUAUGGCCCCUGAUUGACUAUGGAACUUACGUUAAAGUUUUAGGGCAGGUUGGGAUAUUGUUUAAUAACUUUUAUACCCUUCAUUCAAUUGACUUAAUACUUCACACAAUUGUUCAGAACCAUCACCCAAUGAGGUUACAUAACUCCAUAUCCUUAAUACAAGUUAUGGCCCCUGAUUGACUUAGGUUAAAGUUUUAGCCAAGUAAAACUUCUAUACCGUUCAUUAAAUGCGUCUAAUAAAAUUCAAAAUUAUUUACGACCAUCUUACAACAAGAAACAUAACUCCGUUUUAAGCCUAAAUACAAAUUAUGGCCCUUGAUUUUUUUUAAUUUCCUUUGAAAGGCAUAUUUGUAUAUUCUUAACCACAUUUUCAUAAUGGGAAAUCAAGUUAUUUGAAUGACUUGCAUCAUUGUUUGGGCGGGCUGGUGGGAGGGCAGCAUCAAUAUCACCUUAUGUAUCGAAUAAUUUUAGUUAGGUUUGACAUAGAGAGACCAAACUUGGUAUUAUUACAUCUUUAUUGUAUUCUAAGUCAAAGCAGUGGUCGAGCACACUGUCUUACGACGGCUCUUGUUAUUAAAUCAUAGUCUCCAUAAGUAUAUCAUUGCGGCGAUGGCUCGUUAUAUGCUCCCUGGCAUAAAGUUGCUGCUUUGUCUGUCAGGCUGGCGGGCUCUCCAUCCGGGCCAACGUUCAUCCAACUGUCCAUCUGUCACACCCUUGUCAGGAAAAUCACUUGAAAACUACUGAUGGAAUUGAAAUUAAACUUGGUAUCAAGAACCAUAAUCCUAUCAUGCAUUUUUAUUAAUAUUUCUCCCCUUGACCUUUUUUUUUUCAUUGUUGGUGCUAGUCCAUGCCAUAUCUUUGAAAAUACUAAAGCUAUUGAAAUGAAACUGAGAUAGAUGGUAAUGAGAGGAUGUGCAGAGCAACCGUAGUCCUGCGCUGAAUAUUCUUUUUAGUUAUCUCCUCUUUACCUGAUUAUCUUGGAAAAUGGGUUCUUGUCUGUGCCAUAUCUUGGAAAAUAAACUGAACAUGAGAUAAAUGGAAGUAAGAGGAGGGGCAGUACUUAAGAAUCAUAAUCUUAUCCUUCCUAUUUUUAGUCAUCUCCCCUUAACCUGCUAUUUUACCAUAAUGGGUGCUUGUCCAGACAAUAUCAUGAAAUGUAAUUUAGGGAUUGAAAGGAAACUUGGUAUAUAAAUAGAUGGCAAUGACAGUAAACUGUAGUAUCAAAGAAUAAUAAUCAUACCCUAUAUAUUUAUUUAGUGAUCUCCCCUUAACCUGAUAAUUUUCCAUAACCGGUGCUUGUUUGCACCAUAUCUUGGAAUGUUUUAAAGGGAUUCAAAUGAAACUUGGUAUAUAGAUAGAUGGCAAUGACAUUAUAAAAUGUUUGAAGAUCCAUAUUCAGGCUGUCAUGCAACAUUCCUCUUAAAAGGAUAUUUUGGAAUUUCAAUUGCGGCAUUUUUAUUUCAUGUCUUAAAUUUUACUUUAAAAUUUAAUUUUCAAACCUGCCCAUAUAUUUCCAUAAUAUGGAUUUUUCUAACUUGUGUAUAGUAGGGCUACAACCAUUUUCCUUCUUUCAGCACAUUUCAUUACAAUUUCUGCCUUUCUAUAGAAAAUAGGCCUAUGGGGAGUAUCUAUCGCUUUCAGCGAUACUGUUGUAGCUGAAGCUUUACAUUUUAGUUGUUGAAAUCUUUCUAAAACAUCAUUGUUGCUUCAGCCACUAAUUUCCACAAAACUGUAUUGGUUUCACAGUUUUAUUAAAAUAGGCAAGGAAAGCUGAUAAGCAGAGAUAUUAUUCACCUGUGGUGUAAGGUUGGGUCGGGUGUUGUCCAGUAUGUUGUCAGAUCAAUUACAUAAGAAGCGUUUGUCCAAUCAUCACCAAAUUUGGUCAGAAUGUAUAUUGGCAUAAUAUCUCAGACAAGUUUGAUUUAUUUAUAGAAAUGACCUUAAAUCUAUCUUGUCUCUGAUCAAUUACCCCUGAUCAACCCUUUGUGCAUUCAUCACCAAAUUUGGCCAGAACGUGUAUGGCAAUAAAAUCUUGGUCAUGAUCAUGAACCAGCCAUAUCACUGAAGUCAUUCAAAAGAAAUAACCCUUAAAUUAUAGAAAUUAUUUAAUAUUAAUAUUGUCCAAGCAAUAACUUUAGAAGCCUUUGUCCAAUUAUUGUUGCCAGGAUGUGUAUAAUAUCAAGGACAAGUUUGGUAACAAACCAUAUCACCUCAAUCACUCCAGAAUUAUGAGCUGGAAAAAAGCUGUACUUAAAGAGCCCAUUUUAUAUUGGGUAACGUUCAACCAGUUAUGCCCACACCUGGUUUGCUAAAUGUAGAACCGGCGUAUUUUGCGACAUUUGACCUUUUGUUAUUUUUUUUCUUUAUCUUUUUACUUAACCAUUUCUAUCAACUAGAGUAAUAAAUGUAAAUAAC